ACAGUCCUCAAAAAUAGUUUCUGCCUCCGCCGCAUUUUAGAGUGAGUUUCUCUUGCAUCCUCCGUCUAGGGUUUUCACCAGCUCGUCUUCGUCGCAUUUUCCUCAACGCAACAAUGGUUCUCCAAAACGACAUCGAUCUGCUCAACCCUCCAGCUGAGCUCGAGAAGAGAAAGCACAAGCUCAAGCGUCUCGUGCAGUCUCCUAACUCCUUCUUCAUGGACGUUAAGUGCCAGGGAUGCUUCAACAUAACGACAGUGUUCAGCCACUCGCAAACAGUUGUAGUGUGUGGGAACUGUCAGACGGUUCUGUGCCAGCCCACUGGUGGUAAAGCCAGGCUCACUGAGGGAUGCUCUUUCAGGAAGAAGUGAAAGAAUAAUUUAUCUGUGAGGGAAGUCAAGAUCUUUAUUCAGUUUGCUUAGUACUUCUUAUUGUAUUGUGACCUUCUUUCCUUUUUGAUUAUGAGAAGAUUUUGGUUCUAAUUCCUCUGCUUUCAUUUAGUUAUAAAUCAUUCUCGCUUCGCAUCAA